AUGGCUGACCCCUGGGAGGAGUGCAUGGACUACGCGGUGACCCUGGCAAGGCGAGCUGGAGAGGUGGUUCGCGAAGCUCUGAAAAAUGAAAUGAAUGUUAUGAUUAAAAGUUCUCCAGCCGACUUGGUCACUGUGACUGACCAGAAGGUUGAAAAGAUGCUUCUCUCUUUCAUCAAGGAAAAGUACCCAUCUCACAGUUUCAUCGGUGAGGAGUCCGUGGCUGCCGGCGAGAAAAGUGUCCUCACCGACAACCCCACGUGGAUCAUCGACCCCAUUGACGGGACCACUAACUUCGUGCACCGAUUUCCUUUUGUGGCUGUUUCCAUCGGCUUCGUUGUCAAUAAAGAGAUGGAGUUCGGCGUCGUGUACAGCUGCGUGGAGGACAAGAUGUACACGGGCCGGCGGGGCCGGGGCGCCUUCUGUAACGGCCAGCGGCUGCAGGUCUCCCGGCAGGAAGAUGUCACCAAGGCACUCCUGGUGACGGAGCUGGGCUCCUCCCGAACGCCGGAGACCGUGCGGACCGUCCUCGCCAACAUGGAGAAGCUGCUCUGCCUGCCCAUCCACGGGAUCCGAGGAGUCGGGACGGCAGCUGUCAACAUGUGCCUGGUGGCCAGCGGAGCGGCGGACGCGUAUUACGAAAUGGGCAUUCACUGCUGGGACAUGGCGGGAGCGGGCGUCAUUGUCACCGAGGCCGGCGGCGUGCUGCUGGACGUGACAGGGGCACCGUUCGAUUUGAUGUCGCGGAGAGUCAUUGCUGCGGGCAGCCAAGCCUUAGCGGAGAGGAUAGCCCGGGAAGUCCAGGUGGUGCCCUUCCAGCGAGACGACGAAGACUGA